CUCGAGAGCAUCUCGAUCGGGGAGUUUAUGAAGCUCGCACGCAGGCUUUGCAUUUCACUACCUUCUGUGUCAUAUGGUUAGGAAACCCAAAGCUAUUGUUACUGACCAUAUGCUAUCACCAAAGGAAAGAUAUCUUAUUGCUUGGUUGAUUUGAAAGAGAAACAGAAUAUCAUCACUGGUCGAGAUAGACUGGUCGUCUGCAUCGGAGAAAAUACGGGAGGACAAAAUGAACCAAGGUUCUGAGUAUGGAAGUGGCAUAGUCGCCCUAUCAGGAAGUCAAGAUGAAGGGACAACCUUUACUAUCGAGGGAAUGACGCUGACCGCGAAACCGCAUGCCUUUGCGGGGGCUGUCCUCUCUCCUAAACAUGCACGUGAAUUGACACCCUCUCUGUGUUUGGCCAUUGCGUCUGGCUUGGCUGAUCAAUCAUAUCGGAAGACGGCGGUUCCAUAUACACUUUGGAUCACGGAAGCAUGGAGAGUCCUGGGCUGGGGUGAGCCAUCUGCAGCUCUCUUUUGGGAGAUGGCCACGAUGUAUCAUACACUAUACUUGGCAGGGCGGGCUUAUGCGACAGACUUUCACGAAACCUCAAAUAUUCCGCCCAUCUUGUCGUGCGGAAGUACCUCUAGCAUGGGCAGUGGAAAUACACAUUACACGAUGGGAGGAGGCACCGGUGGAAGCAGUGCGGGGGACAAGAGAAAAUUUUCUUCGACCAGUGCCUCUGCAAAGGAACUGCCCGUGUGGCUUGUUGCAACUUUUUUGCUCAUGCACUGCGAAGAAAUGGCUUAUCAACGAAAUUUAUCGGCCUUGGACGAUCGAAGAAUGAAUGCCACGACCUUGUCUGACCCUUUGAUGAAUCUAUUGAAGUAUCCUGGUUUGUCCCCGCGGUGAGUGAUGAAGUGCCAUCCAAUGAAUCAAUCAAUCUUUCACUGGUUUGACUGUUUUCUGAUUUUGAUUUUGAUUUCAGUUGUGUGCACGUAAACCUAACCCGUAUUUUCUUUUUUUACGCGAUCGGUGAUGUGAUACUGAUAUCAAAAAAGUGCGCAUCUGAAUUCUGGAUGGCACAACGACAAUUCACACUGCACUGCAUAUUUGUUACGUCACCUACGAAAGCUCUUGUUGUUGGCGGCCGUAUCGCACAAUCCUGACGCUGUACGAGCGAUAAUGCAUCUCGCUGCCAUUCCAUCCCCUCCACCGGGACCAACAACAGAGAAAUUCCGGAAUCAAAGGAGUUUGAUGGGCGCUGCUUUUCACACUAGAUAUUCCGCUGAUGACUUGCGGAGACAACACGACGACGAGCACGGUAAUGUUGGGUUGGCGGUGCGUCUGAGCAUGGAAGAUCUAGAGCGUUUGCACUUUUGGUUGCAACCACCUUCUGGAGGAGGUGUUGAUGACUCCCCGCUUAAAAUUGGAGAUUAUUUAUGGUCCAGCCUUUAUGCAUCACCUGCACCACCGACUGCGACAAUUCCCAUAGGAGAUGUCGAACGAGAAAUUCGACGUCAUUUGGAAUUGGAACUUCUGAUGGCAGGAGUUGAAAUGGACAAGGAAGAAGUUUCCACAGACGACGAAGAGACUGCAGUUUCUUCGUCCUUUUCGCAACUGUCUUUGACUGACAGUACUAGUGGAGAUGACGGAGAACGGGCCAAGCAACCCCAACACGGUAACCAAAAGGAAAUAAGCUACACGCAUCUGAGAGGUACUACAAUUUUGUUGAAACCAAACACGCAAUCCCCUCCGUCGGAGACUCCGGGCACAGUAUCAAUUGCAUCAGGGGAUCAUCAUGAGCUCAUCUCCCCGGGAUCGCAAUCUAACAAUCGCCUACACGAUUUGGCCAUGUCUUCUUGUUCGGACGUACACAUGUACUUGCUCCGACCCUUCGAAAACGUCACUAUUUCAAGCUGUACCGGCUGCACUAUUGUCGUUGGUGCCGUUGCAGGUCUGGUGCACGUAGUAGAUUGCGAAAGAACCAAGGUAACAACAGCCUCAAGACGAAUCCUACUGAGCAAUUCGUGCGAUACAAUCAUGAAUGUAUUUACUCCAACUCCACCUCUACUCGUAGGUGACAAUCGCAGUUGCCAGUUUGCGCCUUACAACACCUACUACGAAGGUCUGAGAGAAGAUUUGUUAGCUACAGGCUUGGCAGCAGCAGCAGUUCCUGCAGACAACCAAUCACAAUUUCACGGAUCUAGAAGCUUGGAGAAUGAGGGUGCUUGGCCCCCACUGCAAUGCGCAAGCAAUAAGUGGAAGCAGCCUGUUGAAAUAUCAAAGCUGGAAAUACCACAAGUUGCGGGAUCUAACUCUCCCCCUCCUGGUUCACCUUCUAACUCUGUCGGUGCCGACGACAAGCGUGCUCCAAACAGCAACGCGGGUACGAUUGGUGACACCUCCGUCCAGACACCCAUCUUGUUACCGGCGUCGGAAUUCCAUGUGCUAUUUGUUCCAAUAGAAAGUGAAUCCGCUCGACAGCGAAGGUCGGAGCAAGAAUCACACGAAGCUGGGGGAGGUACUGGCGAACAACCAUCAAACGAGAGCAAGUACUGCCGUGCCCUGGCAGAAGUCUUACAAUUUUCGCCUUUUCGACUUCCAAUCGAGUACGAGAGGAGAGCACUGGUAAAGGCCGACCGGAUGAGGAAUAUUCAACAAGCUAUCCGCAAAAGUGUACCGGAGGAUAAACAAAAACAAUUUGAGGAAGAAUUGAACCGUGGCUUUCGAGACUGGCUCGUUGCAAGUGGCAAUCUUCGGCAGGUUUUGGAUCUCGUUCAUUUGGAGAGGCGUGGCGUUCUAUAAUCCCAGGUUGGAUUGAAAAAUAUGACAUAAUUAAUUGUAAUAUAUUAUAAAUGAAUGC